GAGAUGCUAUCUCGAGAAAAAGAAGGUCUAGCAGUUGCUGCUUAUAAAGAUGACGAACUUGUGGUCGACCUCUGGGGUGGAUAUGCCGAAAAAGCUGCGUUUCGAGCGUGGAGCCGCGAUACGAUGACUGUUGUUUUCUCGUCAACAAAAGCGAUUGGUGCACUGAUCAUUGCGAUUUUGGUAAGCCGUGGGCAUCUGCACUAUGAAGAUAAGGCUGGAUUAAUAAGCUUUGAUGGUGAACUGAGCAUUGAACAAGCUCGCGAUCAUCAGUACGUAUCGCGACUUAUCGAAAAUGAGAAUCAAACUUACUAA